UCCCUGGUGUGUUCCUCUACCAUUCCUUAUUAUCCGGAUAUCGUCACGAUGCAGGGUGGCGACGUUCCAGCUUCUUUGCUGGCGAGGGGGCGCGCGGCAUAUCGCAAUCUUUUCCGUGCAGGACGUGUAGCGUUUAAAGGUGACCCUAGCGUGCUCCUCGCUUUUCGCCAAAGAGCUAGAGACGAGUUCAUUGCCGGACGUCCCAUCCAGAACGCAGCUCUGUACGAAAAGAAGAUUAGAUUCGCGAACGAAUGCGCUUGUGUUGUAAGGCGAAACAUUGUCCAAGCCACAAAUGAUGCGGAAGACGAGCACCUGUGGAGAAUUCGAUGGAGAGACGGCGUUGAACUGGGGGACAAUGAAACUAUUAAGAGACCCUUGCGCCAGACGAAUGACCCCUGCGAGCAUGCCAACCUAGAUAGCACGCGCAGCCAACGAAUCGAUUCAUUGAACAAUAUUCGCCCAGUGACAUUGAAGCAACUUCUCAAUGCUCACAGGGAACGCAAAAUUCCUCAGCUGUAUGAAACAGACAUCGAAGAGUCAUUCGUGAGGGGCAGCGGUCCCGGAGGCCAGGCCAUCAAUAAAACCCGUUCUAAUGUCGCCCUGCUCCACAAACCGACAGGGAUUCGAGUAACCUGCCAAGAAACGCGCUCACUGGAGACAAAUAGAAAACUAGCCAGACGAUUGCUUCAAGAACGGCUUGAUCAGAUGUACAACCCCGGUCUCAGUCAGGAACAGAUCAAAUGGGCCAGAGAGCGUGAGCGAAAAAGGCGGAGAGCCAAGAAGACACGAAGGAAAAACAGAGCGUCUUGAGUCCGACACCUUUUCAUGGAGCGCUUAAAUCUGAUGGUUAUACGCACAUUGGGGCAUUGAUGCGUGUUCGUCAACCACAAACCAUUGAAGUGCAUGUCCCCACAAGUACACCACAUACGCAUUGACUUGAUAUAUCUGGUGCAACUCGCCUUCAGUUUGGGGAUAAGGUUGAAGAUCACGGAAGCACAGAAUCGAGUUUUAGUGAAAUAAUGUCCAUCAUGAAUAUUGAUCUACAUGCAUCCAAUGGCCGGGGCCUUCAUACGGCACUUUUCGCAAUCGGCCCUGGGACCCAUGGUCAUUCGUGUUUUGCGGUUUAGGGUGGGAAUAGCAGAUUGUGCAGUAACUGGGAUCCUGUUGUCGUCG